UUUAAUUGUCAAAACCAUUUCAGAAGUCGAUUUUUAUUUUCGUUACGUUAUACACUUAAAAUUCGUUUUAAUUUUAUAGCUGCUUCUCUUAUGUAAUGGAUGUCGCAAUGUCAACUUUUUAAAGCAUAAUCAGUUGUAUGAUAAAUCUUCAGCAAGUUUUCCAGACGCGAAACACAGGAUUACAGACGUGUAAAAAGGCUACGUGAAGAAUAUUUAUUUUAAUGAUUCCUUUUUUAUUUUAAUCACUUUACCUAAACUAAUUCUUUGUGAUGCUUUUUAGCGGGACACGGUUUUAUUUUAUGGCGGCUGCGAUCGACCACUUGAAAGUGCAAAGAAUUCACAAAUUAUGCCGAUAUUAAUGACACGGACUGAGGACAGCCGGGAAGCGCUGGGAUUAUACAUCAUUGUAAUGGCACCAGCCUCGCGCACAGGGGUGUAAAUCUGGCUCUGAGGCGUCAGGAUGAUGGUGUAAGACCAGGCUACUGCCGGCUGGCGCUAUGGACACAGCCCUGAACUGCAGCAGGGAGUGCAGCUCUGGUCACUGCGUCAUCGACCCCUGGAUCAGCAGCCGGGAGGCCUGGGUGCUCCUUCAGAGGCUGUGUACACUCAGCACUGCAGGCUAUGAGGCUCCUCAGCGCCCGCUGUCCCCCGUGCUGCGUGCGGUGGUGUGGACGCUGCUAUCAUCCGGCAUCCUGGUAGCCCUGCUCUUCCUGACAUUCACCCUGCGCUGCAGGAACAAUAGGAUAGUGAAGAUGUCCAGUCCCAAUCUGAACGUUCUCACCCUGUGUGGAAGCCUGCUGACGUACAGCAGUGGCUUCCUCUUUGGCGUGGAGGAGAAGUCCCUCCUUCCCAGCGCUGGGCCCAAGACCGUGCUGCAGGCCCGAAUCUGGACCCUAUGCAUUGGUAGUUCUCUGGUGUUCGGACCCAUCCUGGGGAAAACUUGGAGGCUGUACCGGGUGUUCACCCAGCGUGUCCCUGAUAAGAGGGUGAUCAUCAGAGACUCCCAGCUGAUGGGUCUCGUGGCCUUGCUGAUUCUGAUAGAUGUUUUGGUUCUGAGCACCUGGGGUCUGACUGACCCACUCCAGUGUGGAAAGUCCAUCAGAGCCGCUGCCAAGGUGCUGGAACAUGAAGUGUCCUACUCCUUGUUCCAGCAGGAAUUCUGCUCUUCACACUACUCUGAUAUUUGGAUCGUCCUUCUCUCAGUGCUCAAGGGCAGUCUCCUCCUAUACGGGACAUACUUAGCUGGUCUAACAAACGAUGUCAGCUGGCCCCCGGUGAACCAGUCCCUUACCAUAAUGGCAGCGGCUUGCCUAGUCACCCUCUCUGUGGCUCUGAGCAUCCCUGUGUCCAGGCUUCUGCAAUCGUGGCCAAACGUGGUCUACAGUGUCGUCUCUGGCUCCAUCUUCGUCUGCACACUAGCCACGAACUGCUUGCUGUUUGUGCCUCAGGUCGCCCAAUGGAAGCAAUUUCAGGAGGAGCUGAACCCCAGUUCCAGUCAGAUGGCCAAGUACUUCAGCAGCCCCAGCAAGAGCCUGCAGUCCAUGUACAGCGAGGAUGAGAUCUUCUACCUGCGGGGGGAGAACAGCUCCAUGAAGAGGCUUCUCAUGGAGAAGAAUGCUGUGAUUGACAGCCUCCAAGAGCAGGUGAACAACGCUAAGGAGAAGCUGCUGAAGCUGAUGUCAGCUGAUGGACCUGGCGCUCAUCACGAGACCGACUCCUCUGCAAACCUCAACUCCUCCUCCACGCAAAUAACGCAAGUGCAGCUUGAACCUGCUGCAUCAUUGUCAGAGACUGACGCUACGGCUAUGGAUGUUCCUCUUCCCAAUUCUCUUCUUCCGGGGCAGAGAAUUACACAGAGGCCACGUGGAAGUGUUCCUAAGGACACUGACUAUGCAGGGGGCAAGUCAGACUACAUUCCUGAGGGCAGCAAGAAUGAAAGUGAUGUAGAAGAGACAUUAUCUAUGAUCCCAACAGUCUUCAACUCUAUAGAUUCUCCUGGUUCUAGGGAUCUGUCGAUGAGUGAUGUACAACGGGCUGAUUCUGGCAGUCCCCUGGAUAGUGUCACUAAUACUGAGCAUCAACCGUUAAGCUAUACCACUCCCACUGGAGCUGAAGAAUCGGUCCCUCAGGUUAAGCGAGAGACACCUCUACUGGGAGGCAAACAUAACUUUGUCAGCAGUGAGAAGCUACAGGAGAUCCUCCUUGACCUCAGUGUGGAUGCCAUUACCACGUCCCUCAAGUCGCCAAAAUGGGAUAAAGGUCCUUCCAGUCCCAGUCCUGAGGAGUCUUCUCAUAAGUUCCCCUACCGCUUUUGCUACCCAGGCAUUUCCCCCUACAUCAUGAGGAAGAGGAGGCCCCCCUUCCAUUCUUCCAGGGCUGGUCUAUCUUCAUAUUGUUACUCACGGUCUGUGCCCGCUGUACACCGCAAAAGUGCAGCCACCUUUUACCAAAAUAAGCACCCUCCCGUCAGCCAGAGCAGAAGUGAACUUGACACCACGGUAUCACAGCCUCAGCGUUCAGACUCCGGGGUCAUCAGCGGUGGAGGGGAAGGAGAGGCCCAGGCCUGCCACUCACCAGGCUGGCAGAAACGAGCCUCUUCAGGACUCCACGGAGGAGCCACCCGUACCUGUACCAUCAUGUCCUCCACAGGGUGCGAUCCCAGUGACGUUCCUACAGAGAGCGAGCGCCUCCGGGAAGAGCAGGAGCCGCAUGAGGAUCAGUACUGCUAUUCCGACUCUGAUUCCAGCAGCUCCGAGGAGAACUAUUGCUGCUACCACAGCUCGUACUGCAAGACAUGCGCCCACAGACAGUACGAGUCCAUGGACAGCACCACCUCGGAAACGUCCGACAGCGAGUCCGGUGGUUUCCCUAGCUACUGCCACAUCAUCCAUCCAGUGGUAAAUUUUAAAGAUGACCUUCAGCCUACUUUUGUCUGAAGCUGCACCAGCAUCCGAAAGUAAAAGUCACAGUCCUGCUGUAAGGAAUCGUGGAGUUAUAAAGCCACAAUGACAUGACUUUAAUACAAAGACGUAAUGGUUUUUGUGUUGGGUCAUAAAUGCUCCUUUAAAUUUAGAGUAAUUAGAGGAAAAAGACAGUAUUUGUUUUGCUGUAUUUGGUUAUUUUCUUAGUUCUUUGUUCUGUGGCACAAUGUGAAUGUAUGCCUUACUAAACAUGAGUUGACUUAGCUCCCUGUAAGAGUUUAAAAAUUAAUGUGAUUUAUUGCAUGAGGUGCCUGGAUUACCACCAUUUUAGCUCAACUCAAAACUGUCCUCUGUAGAUGUGAGCCUAUCACAUGCCUUUUGUGCACAUAUAUAUUUUUAUUUUAGUGUCUUUUAAUGUAAUUAUUUGUAUUCAGGUAUUACCAAGAUCUGGUCUUUUAACCAGACUGGUAUGCAGAAUAACAGUUUGAAGGUUAUUAUUUUCUUUAUUUUCUUUUUCUUAUUACUUUGCACAUUUUAAAUGCAGGACCUGAGAAUGAAAUUAUUUAGUAUGUAAACAACCUGACAAUACACCUUAUUAUCUUUUGUAUAUAAGUUACUAAACUUGUUGGGAAAAAAAAACCUGUCAACAGCAGUAUUGAUAAUCUAUCCGUUUUGAGUAUCCAUUUAUUCAGUCUGACCAGUGGGAUAUUUAGCUUUUGUAUUUUGCUAGGAAAAGGUUACUUAAACAUGCCAUCAACUCACAGUAUGGUUAAUGUGUUCCUGUAUUAAUCUCUUUUGUAUGCAUUUUUUUGCCUGUGACCGCAAGAUUUUUGAGAGUUCUCUCUGUACAUUAGAGUUAAUUUAUUUCAAUUUCUUUCCUUAAUUUAUUACAUGCAUUGCAUUUCAAUUUUUAUCAUGUAUUCUAUUAAAUAACCUUGGGAUAAAAUCCAGCAUGUAAUGUGUGUGGUUUACUACACUCAAAAGUGUUUUUGCAUAUUUUACUGAGGACUGUAUGUAUAAGCAGUAAUUUGUUAUACCCAGUAAACAUUCUGAUUGUCGAUUGAUUUUUG